AUGAGCCACUUCGCAGACAUCAACGCGGUCUCGAGGUUCCUCUCACAGGAGGACAUCCCCGACCUGCGCAAAAUCGAGCCAGUCGACGCAAUCAUCCUCUGCGUGUGCUCGGUCCUGCUCAGCUCAGAGACCGUAUUCGAAAUCAUCCGUGAGCGCCCUGGGAUCACCAAAACUCUUGUCCUCUGCGGCGGCAUCGGGCACUCGACCACAUUCAUCUACGAAGCCGUCGCCCGCCACCCCAAAUUCAAGUCGAUUGCACCCGAGAUCCAGGGCCUGCCCGAGGCCCAGGUGCUGCUGGCCAUCUUCAACCGCUUCUUCGCCCCGGACUUCACGGCCGAGCAGCCUCCGCCGCGGAUCCUGGCCGAGGACCGCUCCGUCACCUGCCACACCAACGCCAGCGAGACCCGCAAGCUGCUCGAGGCAAACGGGGUUCCCACGCCUGCAUCCGCCGUCCUUGUACAGGACCCCCUCAUGGUCAGGCGAACGAUCGCCUGUUUCGACAGGGUCUAUCAGGACCUGCCCAAGCCGCCCAAAUUUGUCGGCUGUCCCGUCUUCAUCCCGCAGGUCGGGCCGGACAGCGGGGACAAACUGGUCUACACGGCGCCAAGUAUAGCGCCAGAGCUGAUGUGGGACAUGGACCGUUUUCUUGAUCUCGUCAUGGGCGAAUAUCCGCGCCUAAAGGAUGAUGAGAAUGGGUACGGACCUAACGGCAACCACACUAUCGUUCAUGUCGACAUCCCGGCCGAGGUUGAGGAGGCAUGGAACAGGCUGUCUGAGAAAGUCAAGAAUGGUCGACACAUGAAGCCUCAAAAGUCAGCCUAA